CAACCUCGACCUCGUCGUCAGGAGCGGCGAGCGUAACUUAUUCUCUUCGUCGCGGGCGGGCUAGCUCUUCCAGGACCACCACACAUUCCUCGUCCCCGUAAAUAAUUCCUGGACAAAUUCCUCUCCUUUUGCGCGGCCAUCAGCCAAGCCGAAUUCAGACAGUAGCACCCCUUGCUCCCGACCACCAUCCCCCCUAUCCCCACCCUCUGCAACCAUGGGCGUCUGCAUCUCUUCCUCGGGAGGGGUCGAGGUCAGCGAGCGGGACAAGGCGCUCCACAGGGAGGCGGAGAAGCAGCUCAAGGAGGCGAAGGUCAAGAUGCAGCAUCAGGUUAAGGUCCUUUUACUAGGCUCCGGUGACUCGGGCAAGUCGACGAUCCUCAAGCAAAUGCGCCUCAUCCACAAGCUGCCCUUCUCCCCCCAGGAGAUCGAGUCCUACCGCCAGCUCGUCUUCGAUAACCUCACACGCGGGCUCAAGUACGUGCUCGAGGCGAUGGAGGACAUGGACCUCCAGGUGCUCGACGAGAACGUGCCGCACGCCGAGAUGGUCGAGGACGCGCGCGACCUGCGCGACGGCGAAGCCUUCCCCAUGGACUUCCUCGGUCCUCUCAAGUCCCUCUGGAGCGACCCCGCGGUGAAGCAGGCCUGGGAGCGCGGAAACGAGGCGGCGCUGCCAGAAAACCUCCUGUACUUCUUCUCGGACCUAGACCGGCUGUUCGACCCCGCAUACGUGCCGGCGGAACAGGACAUCAUCCAGUGCCGCGCGCGGACAAUAGGCAUCACCGAGACGACGUUCUCGCUGCGGGACCACGAGAUGCUCAUGGUCGACGUCGGCGGGCAGAAGAGCGAGCGACGGAAGUGGAUACACUGCUUCCAGGAUGUCACCAGUAUACUCUUCCUCGUCAGCCUGAGCGGGUACGACCAGUGUCUCGUGGAGGACAAGGAUGCGAACCAAAUGCAAGACGCGAUGACAAUAUGGGAUUCAAUAUGUCACUCGCAAUGGUUCAAGCAGACCUCCAUCAUCCUCUUCUUGAAUAAGAACGACCUCUUCCAACGCAAGAUUCCACAUUCAGAUAUCAAAAACUUCUUCCCAGACUACGAAGGCGAACCCGGGGAUGUCCGUGCCGGCCGCGACUACUUCAAGAAGCGGUUCGCCAAAUUGGCCCAGAAGGCCGGCCGGAAUAAAGAGCGGGAAAUAUACAUACACAUCACCACCGCUACGGACACAGCAAUGUUGAGAGUGGUCAUGGCUGCAGUCGAAGGCUCGAUCAUCAGUUCGAAUAUCCGCGCAAUCAUGUUGUGAUGGGGUGGAUUUAGGUUGGGUGGAGGCCGAGGUGGUGCACGCACGCGGAGUCGGCGGCGUUCAGGUCAUCGUUGGGCGAAUCGGGUUCCAAGACGCGUGGGAUCCGUCGUGCGCGUUCACGAGCCUCGUAUGAGUCCGUGCAUUCAGUAGGAUCCUGCGUGGGAUCCCGCCCGCAUACUGUGUGGGUGGUCAACGGGGCCCUGGCAGCGACGGCUCAGACCCGACACUCCGUACUUCGCCGUGGCUGGUCCUCGAUCGUCGUCCGACCUUUAUGGCCUUUUCUUCGUCGUAUUUCUCCGCCCAUCACGCACGCGCUUGCGCCGCUGUCUAGACGCUCCAUUCACGCUACCAUCUGCCCGUAAACUCAGCUCGUCGAUGCCCUUCCCAUUCAUGCUCAGUUCAUCUUGUGUAGUAUACAUCCACACACAUGCCGCGCACGUAUAUAUCCAGCACACACCCCUUCACUUGGAUCGCUUUUUCUAUUUGUGCCUAACCUUCUUGUCUAUGACUAGCCCUAGAGGUCGCGGUGCUUAUCCGUUUUCUGGCUGGUUUUGUGUUUAUUCUAUUGUUGAGCGAGGUACGCUACGGUUCUUAUAUCCAGGUAUACAGUCGAGAGCAUGUAAUGCUGUUGUUCGAUGAUACAUUGCAUGCGUAAAGGCGGAGGAGAGCGUGGCGACCCGUGCAUGGAAGCCAUCUAUGACAGCGAGU